ACGCAUUGUCAGCCUCUCCUUCAUUCAAGACGUCUCACUUUCUCUCUCUGCAGUCUCUCUGCUUCACUCUCUCUGCCUUUGUUGUAUAUGUGGUGCUUUUGAAGCUUUUUGAGUGGUCUGUUCUGGAGGAGCAGCAGAGGAACAUCAUGUGGUGGGCAGCAGAGGGGUUUCUCUGAGCGCUGCAGUGGAUCUGUUAUGGAGUUCAACUCGUCAUCUGUGUUUGAGCAGCACAAAGAUGCUGCUGAGGAGGUUGAUCUGAAUAUGGUGUACCAGGCAGCAGCAAACGGUGAUGUCAACUUGCUGACAGCCACCAUACGAGAGGACCCCUCCAUCCUCGAGUGCUGUGAUGGUGAAGGCUCCACCCCUCUGAUGCAUGCGGUUUCCGGGAGACAGGUAGAUACGGUGAAACUGCUGAUGAAGAUGGGAGCUUCCAUCAAUACACAAGAUGCCUGUGGACGGACAUCCCUCUCUCUAGCAACAUACCUGGGUUGGCUGGAAGGAUGUGUGUGUUUGCUUCGGAACGGGGCGAAACAGAACAUUCCUGAUAAGAAUGGACGCUUGCCAAUUCAUGCUGCUACUGCUGAAACUGACUUCAGACUCAUGGCUGUGCUACUACAGCAGUCAACACUGUGUGAAAUAAAUCAUCAAGAUAAUGAGGGAAUGACAGCUCUUCACUGGGCAUCUUUUCAUAACCGACCAGAGCAUGUGCAGGCCCUGCUGCAGAAGGGAGCCGAUCCAACACUUGUGGACAAAGAUUUUAAGACUGCUCUGCACUGGGCUGUGCAGAGUGGCAGUCGGUUAAUGUGUUCCCUCAUUCUGGAGCAUCAUCGGGGCUCGUCUGUGAUCAAUUACGAUGAUGAGAACGGGAAGACAUGCGUUCAUAUCGCCGCAGCUGCGGGAUUCAGUGACAUAAUUUACGAGCUGUCUCGCAUUGCUGAGACCAAUCUGCAGGCUCUAGAUGUGGAUGAGCGGACCCCUCUUCACUGGGCUGCAGCUGCAGGUAAAGAUGAUUGUGUGCAGGUGUUGUUGGAGUUGGGAGUGGAGCCCAGCCCUCGAGAUAUUAAUGAGAACACGCCACUCACAUAUGCCAUGUACUGCGGUCAUACAGCCUGCAUCAAACUCCUCUCCACUGAAAACAGGUCUGAGUCAAGUAGGCCAUCGAACAGCAACUCUUCAAUACGCAAGGAGGGGAAAUUCCGCAUGCUGAACGACAUCUUCUGCAAAAAGAAGAAAGAGCUGCACCCUUCACAACAGACAGACUUGAGUCAAGAGCGUCAACUCAAAGAGGAAACAUCUGAAGUGGAUGACAUCAUAACAAUGUUCGAUUGUGUCGCUGAACUCACCAGAGAUGAGAGCGAAAACGGCUCUACUGUCAGAAAACGAAACGAUGAGUCUGAGAAAGCCCAGCUGGUCGAGGACACGUCCAGUAAGGAUUUCAAAAGUCUCCCGCCUAUACGCACACAGAGUCUUCCUCCGAUAAUGCUGGGCAAGACGUUGCUGGUGAAUACACAGGCCCACAGAACUGCCUCAGGUCAUGUGGUUGGACAUUUAGCACAUAGGUCGCAGAAGAGCAAGAGCGAGCAUGACCUAUUUGACGGUAAAACUAAGGCUCAAAUAGCUCUCGGACAGGCAUGGAAGACUGAAUCCAAUCAAAUACUGAGUCACAAGGCUUUGAUCUCAGCUCCAUCUGAACGUCUGCUUGAUAAACUACUGCAUGAAACUUCAAGUCCUUUAAAUGUGCUGUGCUCAAAUCACAUACCAUACAUACAGAGAAAUGACCAGGCUCAAAAUCAUCUUUUACCUCUGAAGGUUAGAGAAUCUGCCCUCUCACGAAACAGUCUCGCGCCAAUCCGUGACCACUGCACACACAGAUUUUCGUUGCCACCUGACCAGGUCUCCCAGGGAGUGAAGAAGUCAAAAUCCUCUCUAGGAACGAGUCUGACUGGACUUCCGCCUCCGUUCACAUCCAAACCGCACAGAGCAGGAAUCCCCCAGAGCCAGCUGCUCGGUUCACUCCCAAAUCCUCUGACAGGAGAACCAUUGAGGAACAUUCAAGUUCUUCCUGCUAUUCCACCUCAGAGAAAACGCACCCCGUCACCUCUCACAACCCAGACGCCUCACAAUCAAGCUGACAACACAACCUGAUGGAGAUUUGUUUUCUCACUGCUGAAACGAGAGAGAAGAUUUUAACAAGUUUUACAUUUAGAUAAUGUUCAUGUUUCAUUGGGUCAUAUGGGGGAGAUUAGAUCAUGAUGAUGCUAACGGAAUCACUGUUUGAUAAAAUUUACUCUAACAAGCUAUUUUUCAUACAAUUUUACAAAUUUGAUCUUUUUGUAUUGUAUGCAUAUGGUUUACCUUCUACUGAAACACUUAGGAUGCUUUCACACUAGCACUUUUGGUGCACACCAGGGUUCGUUUGGAUUAUGUGAAUGCUGUUUUCUGAACACAGGUGCAGUUCGAGGUUGCACACCCGAGUUCUGGAAACGGCGUCCGCUUGAAAAGGUGGUAUGGGGUAAGGUUCGUGUGAACACUGGUAAGGAUCGCUGCUUAAAUUAACGCAAUCGUCUUAAAUCGCGGAAGUAAACUGCUGUUGAUGGUAUAUUUUAUGCUCCCGAUCAGCGGUUACUGUUAUUCUAUGAACAUGCACUACACGGAUGGCUUGCGCACCGUCUUAUUGACAACAGAGUCUCCCUGCUGAGCGUUAAGAUGCAUUUCUUCCUGAGCGGGCCUGGGUAGCUCAGAGAGUAUUGACGCUGACUACCACCCCUGGAGUCACGAGUUCGAAUCCAGGGUGUGCUGAGUGACUCCAGCCAGGUCUCCUAAGCAACCAAAUUGGCCCGGUUGCUAGGGAGGGAAAAGUCAUAUGGGGUAACCUCCUCGUGGUCAUGAUUAGUGGUUCUCGCUCUCAGCAGGGCACGUGGUAAGUUGUGCGUGGAUUGCGGAGUAGCAUGAGCCUCCACAUGCGGAGUCUCUGUGGUGUCAUGCACAAUGAGCCACAUGAUAAGAUGUGUGGAUUGACGGUCUCAGAAGUCGAGGCAACUGGGACUUGUCCUCCGCCACCCGGAUUGAGGUGAGUAACCGCGCCACCACAAGGACCUACUAAGUAGUGGGAAUUGGGCAUCCAAAUUGGGAGAAAAGGGGAUAAAAAAAUAACAAAUUUCUCCCACGAACGUCAACGGGGGAUAAUGGGGUGGAGGACGCUGCAAAAGGGGCUUCCCUGGGAGUUGUGGUUCCCUAGGCUUCAGCAUGUGUAAGCCAGUGUUAAUGUGCCCCUGCUUUCCUACAUUUUAACCUAAUAUCUGCAUAUUGGGGGAAAAAAAGUUCUCUGACAUCUUAUUUUUCAGAGUUAUAAAGUGCUUUCUCUUAAAAAAAAAAAAAAAAAAAAAAAAAAUCCACUCAUCACAUUUGCAUGUUCUACAGAUUUAUUUUAAGUUAUGACAAUUUUCGCACCGGUGGGGCCUGUUGUCAUGAUUUCCCCAAGGGCUCCACAAACCCACGGGCCGGCCCUGCAUACUUCAAUACUUCACUUAACACAGUGAAACUGACAUCUCGUGUUUUUACCUAGUUACAGUAGUAAACAGCUGCCGCUUGUACUCGUGUUAAUGACACAAUCGGACCGCGGUUUGGACCUAAAUAAUAUGAUAUGAACAAAGACAGUCGGGGAAGGGAAGGAAACAAACCCGGGUUUGUACCAAGCAUUCGAGUGUGAAAGCAACCUCAAACACAUGAUUUAAGAUGUUUUUUUUUGUAAAUUGUUGCUAUGAAUAAAAGGAAUUGUUAAAGUA